AUGACAGACUUUGAUAUUCUGGGAAGCCUGGGUGUUAGCAUUCCCAGCGAGCCCAUCCAUCCCAUCAGCCGCUCCACUGAGCUUAAGGUUGUGGCUCCCCGCGAGAAGCCACCUGUGGUGAGUCCAGCUGCUAAGCCGCGUGAUCUGAAGUUGGACGAUUUGGCGCCCUCUGGCUCCAUGACUCCAGUGGGUAACUCGUCUGCAAAGAGGACUCCACAAGAAGGCUGUCUUCGAUCAAGCACUGGUUCUGCUGGCAGCUCUCGGAUUCAGCCCAAAGCAGCACCCUACGUCACCACUGCACAACUAGCAGCAAUGAGCUUGGAUGAAAAGAAGGACCUUCUUGCUGCUAUGAAAGACUAUAAUGAGCAGAAGGCGCUUCACUGCAGGCACAAUGAUCCAAUGAAAUCUGGAAUUGUUGUUGAUCGCUGCGAGGAUGCAUGGUGUCCAACAUGCAUCAAUGAGCUAAAUAUGGCGAAGAGGAAGCUAUUGGAAGAGAUGGAACGCGACAAAGAAAAGAAGACGGCCAAGCAACAGGCAGAUGAUGCUAAAAAGUUGGCUGAUAUCGAGGCUGCUCUUGAACGUUUGCAGAGAAAGCGGGUGCAAGAUGAUGCCCAGGCCGCAAUUAGAGCGAGUGAGAAGGCACGUCAAGCUGCACGGGAGGCUAUGCAGCGCGAGUUAGAACGCGAAAAGGAACAACAAGAGGCUGCACGUCGAGAGGCACAGGAGUAUGCUCAGCGAGAACUGGAACGCCAGCGUGCUUUUGCCGACCAACAGAAACGUGACCACGAGGCUGACAUCCGUAGGCGCAAGGAGGAGGCUGAUAGGCGACGCGAGGAGGAGAAGGCAGCGAUAAACGAUUAUAUUGGGCCCGUAGGAAGGCAGGAAGAAACUGAAGCUGAGAGACUUAGAAAACUCGCUGAACUAAAUGACUUUGCUGCAGAACAAAAACGUCUUAAAGACGAGCAAUUGGCCAAGGAGACAGAGGAGCGCGAGCGUGAAAAGGAAAUAGCAAGGAAGCUACACGAUCAAAUAGCCGCUGAAAAUGCACGACUGGCAGAGGAGACACGAAAGCACAAUAGGCAGAUGGCGAAAGACUUGGCGGACGAAAUCAAAAACCAGAAGGAACAAGCCGAGCGGCAGCGUAGAGAGGAGAUAGAGCGCGAGCGUGCCAAUGCUGCCCGAUUAAAGGAGCUUGAUGAGGCUCAGCGAAGGGAGGAUGAGCUCAAUAGAAGUAACCUACGCAACACUCUGAGACAAGGGUAUGAUGACGACUUAGAAGCCAAGCGCGUGAACCAGGAGCUUGAGCGCAUGAUCUCGAAGAUGAAUCCAGUUGACGAAGACGUGAACUUUGUUGAGCACCUCACGGAGUGUGAUCGCUGUGAUGUCCCCGAGAAACCACAGAAUCUCACGUUUCUUACGAAGGACGAGAUUGAGGAUGCUGCCAAAUAUAUUCCUCUGAAGAAGCACCGGGAAGUGACUGGUAGCGCUUUAUCCACAAGCGCAAGCCUCCAUCCACCCACUGCUUCAGCCGUCCCUCAUAGUGAGUAA